AUGAAAUUCUCAACUGUUUUUACUACUGCUGCUUCCUUAUUAGUUGCUAAUGCUGCUCCUGCUGCUCCUCAAGGUGCUCAAACCGAUAUUGGUCUUGAAGUUGAAACUCUCAAUAGAGAUAUCAACCAUUUUGGACUUACCUCAAAGCAUGAAGGUGCUGGUUUUAACGGAGUUUUUUUCGAUCAACAAGGAGUUGAUUUCAAACUUGAUCCAACCAAGUCUCAAAUUUAUCAAGUUAUUAACGGUGAAUACUAUGGUUUAAGCAUUGGCCCAGAUAACUUUGUUUUGGCUGCUAUUUCUUAUGCACCAGGUAAGUUUGAUCUUGUUGAUGGAUACUUAGGUGUUAACAACAGUGCUGAAGGUUGGGCCGCAUGUAAAAAUAUCGUUGACUCCAAUGAUAUGUACCAUUAUUCCAAGAACGAAUAUGCAUUAAUGAAAUAUCCUGACGAUAAAGCCAUCCCAGAUGAUUGUUCAUUACUUAGAUUAAAAGUUCACCAAAAAUAG